AUGAUUUCAGGGGCUGAACCUGGCAUCCAUGCGAGCUCACAUGCUGACGGAGUGAUUCGGCAGUUGACGCGGACGGAGCGAUUCCCUUCGGUGCUUGCAUUGGGCGAGUCACAGAUCGGAGGUCCUUGCCGCUUUGCAGUUGUUACAGCUGCAGUAUGUGCUGUGGCAGUCGUGCGCUCGGUGCUGGGUACCUUGGACCCCUUUCUUGGGAGUUAA